AUGGUGGUAGCAGCUAGACGGAUACGGCCAUACUUUCAGGCUCACUCAAUAAAGGUGCUGAUAGAUCAACCGCUUCGAAGGGUUCUCCAUUGCCCAGAAACUUCAGGCCGAUUAAUUCAGUGGUCAAUAGAGCUUGGCAAGUUUGAUAUAGAGUACAAGCCAAGAAUUGCCAUCAAAGCACAAGUGCUUGCAGAUUUCCUUGUAGAAUACACAUAUCCAAAACCUGAAGAGCUCCCCAAAGAAGAACCUAAACCUUGGAUUCUCCAGGUUGACAAAUCAACAACCAGAGAAGCAUGCAGGGCUAGUUUAAUUUUAACAUCCCCAAAAGCCAAAAGUGACUCACAGUUGGUUGUAGGACAAGUCCUAGGAGAAUACACUAUGAAAGAGGAGGUAAUGCAAAAGUACUUGAGUAAAGUGAAGCCCCAAGUUGCAAAGCUGAAAAGCUUAAAUGUAGUCAGGAUUCCAAGAGAGGAAAAUAUUGAAGUUGAUUAUUUGGCAAAGCUGGCCACGGCCAAAGAGGAUAUGCCAUUCCACAGAAUGCACCAGUACGGCCCCAUAGUUGACUACAUAACCAACGGGACCUUACCAGACGAUAAGGUCAAAGCUAGGCAGCUCAAGAUCAGAGCUGCAAAAUACCUGAUGAUGGGAGAUGUGCUAUACAUGAGGAGCUUCUCAUUACCAUACCUUAGAUGUCUGACCAUGGCAAAAUCUGCACAGGCUAUGGAAGAAGUCCACCAAGGAUGCCAGCGCUUUGCAAACAUCAUUCAUGGAUCCCCCACAGUCCUAAGUCCAAUGAAAGGACCUUGGCCAUUCACCCAGUGGGGAGUAGACCUAAUUGGUCCACUUCCAAUGGCAGCAGGCCAGGUCCAGCAUGCCAUUAUAGCUGUAGAUUACUUUACGAAGUGGGUUGAAGCUAAGGCACUGGCCACAAUCACAGCAGAAGUUAUAAUUGAUUUCUUGUGGAAGUUUAUUAUUAGCCAUUUUGGGUUACCACGAGUGAUAGUCACAGACCGAGGAAAGCAAUUUGAUAAUACUCAGUUCAAAGCGUACUGUAUUUCCAAGGGAAUACACGUACAUUAUGCCUCCAAGGCUCACCCAAAAGCCAAUGGACAGAUAACACCUCGAACUGCAACUGGAGAAACUCCAUACUCCUUUGCAUUUGGGGCUGAAGCAGUAGUCCCAAUUGAAAUUGAACUCUUCAAUUACAGGACCGCAAGCACAGAUCACCAAGAAAACCAGGAAGAUCUAAGGGCUGAGCUGGAUCUCUUGGAAGAAACAAGGGAAACAGCAAUGGCCAAAGUAGCCAUGUACCAGCAAAGAAUGGUCAAGUACCAUGACGCCCAGGUUAGGCCAAGAGAUUUUCGAGCUAGUGACCUAGUCCUAAGGAAAGUUGAUCCGACUGGAAAGAAGGUGGGCAAACUUGGCCCAAAUUGA